GCCGCUCCGUCGGGGAGGAAGAGUCAAAGAGCAACAGAUUUUUAAUACUGAUUAAAGCGACGUCGUCGCAAGGCGCUCACAUCUGCCAAGUGAGGAAAAAAGUAGUGCUGCUGCCGCCAGUGGCAGAGGAAAAAUUCCCUGGAAUUGCUUGAAUAUUCACUCAUUUCUUCCCGAAAAGGUGACAAACGACGAGUGUUUGUUGGAGUGGUUGUGAAGAGCUAGUGUGAAAACUGUGAAUUACGAAAUACGACUGAACAGAGCAACUUAGAGCGAGAGAGGGUACGCGCAGAAGGUGAAGGUCGUCGUCGCCGUCCGGGUGGAGGAAGAAAUAUAGUUUCUGGAAACGAUCGCGGAAGCUGUGCGUCGAAACCUGUUCAAGAUCAAUGCCACAGCAGUAAACAACGCCGCAUCGAUCGCAGGCACAACGUUCUGCGAUAAUUUUGGGGGUUUCGGAAGGGACGUGUCCGCCGGCCAGAAUGCGACUUCUUCGAUGAUAGUGAAUCCCGUUGCUUCCAAGUAGAGCGAAUCUACGCCAAGUUCUUCCAGCCUUUGGCGCACUAGUUCAACGUCUCACCACAGACACAAAGCAAUAUGUCACGUCAGCGCCUCGUGACGACGACGACGUUGACUGCAUCGCUGCUGGCAGUGUGUCUGUUUGCGGCGUCGAUUGUGCUGGUGUCAACCAGCGGUGGCGACGAUGACAUACUGUCCCGAUCGAGGCAGGCACAUCAACAGCAUCAGCAGCAGCAGCAACAGCAGCAUCAACAACACCAACAACAACUUCAUCAACAGCAUCAACAGCAGCAACAACACCACAAAGCGGCCCAGCAGAACCAGCAGCAGCAUGAUCGUGGUGGUGGAGGUGAAGCAACCGGUCAGAAGGCGUCUUCGACGCCGCAACAGGCCGGCACCACGGCCGGUUCGGGAUCGUCCAACCGCGGUCUGGAGAGCCGCAACUCGUACGCCGUGCUUAGCCAGGCCAUGUCCCAGGCCGUCCACCACGAAUUCGAUUUCUUGUUUUUAAUUUCAGGCACCUACGGCAGCGGCUCGGCCGACGGUGCUUGCAGUGCGGACGACUUUGAGUGCAUCACGCACCACGACCAGCUCGGCAUGGAGGCGAUCCGUUCGCUGCAUCGGCAGCUCGACGACGACGACAACGGGGACAUUGACCUGUCCGAGUCGGAUGAUUUCCUGCGCGAGGAGCUCAAGUACGACUCGGGCUACGAGAAGCGCCACAAGGCGUUCCACUUCAACGACGACAUGCACAUCUCGGUGAAGGAGCUGUGGGAGGCGUGGCUGCGUUCCGAGGUGCACAACUGGACCGUCGACCAGACGACCGAGUGGCUCGCUCAGAGCGUCCAGCUGCCCCAGUACGUGCACCUGUUCCGGCUGCACAAGGUCACCGGCAAGGUGCUGCCGCGGAUGGCCGUCAACAACAUGCACUACGUGAGCAACGUGCUCGGCAUCAAGGAUCCGAUCCACAAGCAGAAGAUUGCGCUGAAGGCGAUGGACGCGGUGCUGUUCGGGCCACCGAGGGAAACGGGCACCCGGUGGAAGGACCUGCUGCUGGUGACACUGCUGCUGACGGCGAUCAUCGGCAGUUGGUACGCCUACCAGCAGAACAAGAACGCCAAGAUACACCUCAAGCGGAUGGCGAAGGACGUGGAGGGGCUGCUGAAGGCGGAGGUGGCGCUGCAGGACAUGCAAAAGGAGCUCGAACGCGCCCGCCAGGAGCAGGAGAACGUGGGCAAGGAAAAGAUGGACCUGGAGCGCCGGCUCCGCGAGGCCCCCACGCUGUCCUCCUCCAACUCGGACCUGGAGCUGCAGCAGCUCAAGCAGGAGGUGGAAAUGCUGCGCUCGGAACUGUCCCGCGCCGAGGUCGAAAUCAACGACCACUGCUGGACGCCGCCGCAGGGCUUGCAGGCCUGGCUGCAGCUCACCUUCGAGCUGGAGAACAAACACCACAUCCGGAAGCGCAUCCAGGCGGAGAAGCAGCUGAUGUCGGCCCGCGAGGCGUGCGAAAAGCUCAAGAAGAAGCGCUCGAGCCUGGUCGGCGCGUUCGUGUCGACGCACGGCAAAAGCAUCGACGACGUGGACCGGAGCAUCGUGGAGGCACGGCACGCGCUGAACGACGUCACCAACGACCUGCAGGAACGCAUGUACCGGUGGAAGCAGAUCGAGCAGCUGCUCGGCUUCAGCGUCGUCAACAACAACGGACUGGUCCAUCUGGAGAACCUGCUGUACAACCGAAACGGCGGCUCGGGCAGUAAAAGCUAUCGAUCGCGUCUAUCAAGCAGCCAGGACGAUCUAGAUGACGAUUCCGUGCAAGCCUCUUCUCCCUGGUCCGGUCCUCGAACUCGGACCUGGUGUCCCUGGAAUCCGCAGCGGUAUCUGUUUCAGCGGCAGCUGCGGGCCAUCCACCGCCGGCGCCGCUCCCAAUUUCAUCAUCAACGCCCGGCUCAACGCUACAGCUCCAGCACUUCGCUGAUGGCCAGCUCGUUCCCCGCGAACUUCAGCCACUUCAGCACCACCACCAGCCUGGAAAGUUUGUUCCCCAGCCAGCACCGCGGGACGGCGGCCUCGCUGCCGGCGCUGCUGCAGCCCCUGCCGGAGAUGGAGGAGGAGUUGGGGCGGCCCCGUCAGCGGCGGGACCACCGGAGCUUGACACCUACUCGACCGACUCGUCCACCGUCGACGAGGACGUCAAGCGGCGACGACGAAAGUUGCACUUUCCGUUCGGAAAGAAGUUUAGCAAAUCCUCCAGCAAGAAAACCCAAUGAGCUGGCGGUGGAAGCGGAACUGAAGGAGGAGGAAGAGGGCGAGGGGGAAGGGCAGGAGAUUGAGGACGAGGAGCAGUACCGGCGCCACAGCAAGGACGACGAGCAGCUGUUUCGGAGUGGGCGCCGGAGGAGCAUCUGACAGCGGUGGAACGCCACCAUCGGGAGCAUCCGGAACGUGGUGCGGCGCCGGCGAAAGGCAAAGGUAAAAUGUGAUUUUAGAAUGUGGAAGCGCACGGAUGGUUGAGAGGAGGAGGAGGUAAGUGUUGUGGUUUGUUGGUUUUAGGUGUGGAACUUUUUACCGUUUACGGAAAAAACACUCGUUAUACUAUUUUAUAUUGUUGAUUCUUUUAUGAGACUCGGUUUAAGUAGCAAACUAAUUCGUAUUUGAUUUCGAAUGACCGUUUAAGUGUUGUGUGACAUACAGACAUCUAGGACUGCAUAACUAUUGUGGCAAAAACAUGAACGAAAACGAAAUAUACAAUCGAGAGAGAAAGAUAGAGAGAGAGUUGAACACAUUCGUGAGUGAGAAUAUGAUUCCAUCGUUUCCUGUUCGAUGGUAAUUUAAGGAGAAAGCUACCCAUUACUGUUACUGUAUGUGAGUUUUACCUACUUAUUUAUAAAACUGGAGCUGCACAAAAAAACAUCAAUCUCUUCCAAUUGUGUAAAGUGUAGCUCAAAUCUGCCAAGAACUGAACAUCGAAAGGCUGAACAUUAGUGAAAAUAAUCACCAAGCAAUAACAAGUCUCUGCUAGUAGGAGCCAUUACCGGCGCCCACCAUGUCAAAAUGUAGAUCUCUCUGUUCAACUCAAUUGAAAAGGAAAUAAGUGAAAACGAUUUAAUAAGCCUGUUCCUGCAACAUUUUUUGAACAUUAUUUUAGUUAUUAUUAUUUUCGCAAAAAAAAUCUUUGAAGCUAAACCAAAUGGACUUAUUUUGGCUCGACUCGACUUCGAGCUAGAGUCGUGGAACAUAAACUUUGAAAAAUAUUUGCAGUCAAACAAUCAUGAUAAUCAUAACUUCUGGCAAUGUGGACAGAUCUCGUGUCAGAAAAACCGACAACCAUUAGUCAUUUUUUUUUUAAUAAUUGGAGACUGAGGCGCUUCGGAAUUUCGAUCACCUUCGCCAUGACUUCAUUCAAAUGAUUACUGUCACCUCGUAGUCUCGCACAAGCGAGAAAGAGAGAAAAAAAAGAAAGAGCAUGCGUCUUCUGGUGGUUGGGUUGCUCUCAAGUUGAGCUCGGAUAUAUUCGUUUCAACUGCCUGUGCGUUCGGUGACGCUAUAGAGUUAUCUAAGGCCGAGCUCACGCACACUAGCACACCAUUUGUUUUGCUGAGUGGUACAAAAUUUAACCUCAAUCUUUUUCGUGUACGUACACGCAAUACAUGCGCACGUAGAUAACUCUAUGUGUGAACCAGGGGGUAGCGAAGAAGCCGCCAUCUUGGAAGUUCAGAUAACAAACACUCAGAAUCAGUAUUAUUCAGAUUACUUUGGUAACACGAAGUGUGUUAUCCUGGUUAAACUCAAAAGUCCCAUGCAAAUGUGUAAAACCAAACUGAAAAAUGUGUAAUGCCGAUUCAGAGUGUACGGGCGCACUGUUUGAUCGACCAAAAGAAAAAAAGCAAAAAAAGGUAAACAGAAAAAUCACUUUUUCCGAUAUGAAUUUUCAACCAAUAUUGGGAUGGAAUCUCCAAGGAUAUGAUAGAAUUUGGCAUCAGCAACACAAUUCACCUGUUUUUCAGGUAUUUAUCGUUUGAAUUGCGGGAAAUUUGGAAAUCAAAAACCCAAACAAUGAUUUGUUAUGGGCUACCAUUUGACAGCUAGUGCUUUUGUUGUGGGCUCUCACUUGACAACCGUGCUAAUGUCGACUGUUGUCAGUUUGCUUUGGUCGGAAUAGGGUUGCCAUCCCCCCGGUGUGAACAUUCAAUCUUUGUCCCGUGACCGUUUCGCAUUCAAGCCUUAAACAGAAAAAUGUGGAAUAUCACCUAAAAAUUUACUUAUUUUUCUUAGUAAUUCCGCAUUAAAAUUACCAUCAUUCCCCCGCUUUAGUUUGGCGUACGUGUGUUUAGCCAACUCAAAAUACCAAACAGUGUAAAAAAUACUCAUUUUUCGAUACAAGUGCUGAACGUUGAGUGCUAUAAUGACUUUUCAGCACUGCUAUUUUUGGUGAUGAUAAGUAAGCCUUUCCGUCAUUGAGUAAUUUUCUGAUUUCUGAUUUGGAUGAAACUUUGUAUGUACUUUUUCUACGACCAACGAAGACAAUUUUCAUAAUUAAGAUGGUAUUAGACUAUGACAAACACACUCGCACUUUUUAUCAGUUUGUCAUUUUGUCUGUUUGUUAGUUUGCCAGCAUUUGUUUGCGGAAACGUCAAUCUGCAUACAUUUUGAGUUAAAAAAGUGCGAGUUUGUUUGUCAUAGUUAGGACUAGUGAUUUUUCACGACAAAAAAAAAAGAAUUUUCGCGGUAUGUCAAUUACAAAACAUUGGGAUUUCACGACAAUUUCACGAUGCUUUGAAAACUGCCAAAUAAAAAAAGGAAGUUUUUUUUUGUAAAAUUUAGCUGUGGUUCAAGAUAGAAAAUAAACCCUUCUGACCAAAAAUAUUUAUAUGGAAAAAGUUGUAUGUAUUAAUUUUGGGAACUUUUGAAGCAUUUUUGUUCAGUUGAAUUUAUGAUUCAGCUAUUUUUUUUCUAUUUACAAUUGGCUGAAUAUACAUUGACUAAAAUAUCUCCAAAACGAAGCUCAUUCAACUAAACGAUAUAUUAAUCGAAAGUAGAAUUAGAAAAAUAAGUGUAAUCAAAUUUUAUUAUUUUCAUAAAUAUCCGCUAUAGGGAAAUUUGAGUAUUUCAAAAAAGUUUAGGAUAAACUUCAUUUUUAGCAGUUUUUUAACAUAAAGAAUAUUCUAACGAACCAGAUCCUUUAAAAUAAUUUUUAAUCUGACAUGCAAUAUUUUUUUUUAUUUGGAAAAUGCUUGUUAAAAAUCUUUUAAAGUAUUUAAAUUCAAAAUUAAAGAUUAAAUGUACUAUGAAGCGAUUUAUCAAGUGAAUAUUGCCAAUUUCGCAGCAUUUCACGGUUUUUGGCAAAAUUCAAGGCCAAGGGAAAAUUUUAUGCACAGAAAAAAAAUCAUGAUAAUAAUACAUCUGGGAAGGGGUACAUCUUUUAUGUCAGAAAAAAGGUGUAAUUUUACCUCUGGAAAUGUGUAAUUUUACCACUUUUCUGGUGUAAUGUCACUUUUUCAGUCUAAAUUGAGGUAAAAUAACAUCAUAAAAGAGGUAAUAUUCAACCUUCCAAAAUUACAGCUUCCAAAUUUACAUUAUUUUUUCUGUGUGGAUUACGCGGCUUCCGCGAAAUCGUGGAUAAUCACUUGCCUUAGUCAUAGUCUAAUACCUGCUUUAGUUCGUCCAUACAAAUUUUCCUACAAUUUUGGCAGCUGUCCAUCCAAAAAUGUUAUUAAAAUAUUAAAAAUCUGUAUCUUCAGGACUGAUUUUCUGAUCGAUUGAUGUCUUCGGCAAAGUUGUAGGUAUUGCUUAGGACUUUUUGGUAAAAAAAUAGUAACACUCCUAAAAAUUAUGAUUUUUUUUAUUCGGCUUAAUACACAAUAAACAAAAUUAUUUUUUAAAUUUCUCAUUUUUCGAGCAAUGACGAAAUUUGGUAAGAAAUCAGUUGGCAGUGUUGCCAAACUUUCGAAAAAAUCAUGAUUUUUGAAAAUUGCGGGAAAAAGUCGAAAAUUUUUUAGCUUCAUUUUUAAAUGGCAAACCAAAUUUGCAAUCGAAAUGUACUUUUAAAAAUUUUCAUCUAACAACAACAACUAAAUAACUUUUGAUGUGGUUGAUAAUUAGUUUGUUUAGGCCAUGAAAACGAUGCACGAAAUCGAAAUUUUCUGUAAAAUGAAAUUAAAAAAAUGCCUUUUCUACAGUUUUCGAAAGGUAUGGUUAUUUGAUAAAAUUGGCAGCACUGUGUGAAUUUUCAAAAAUUGUUAUGUUGUGUGAAAAGUCUAAUAUAAUUUUGUUUGAUUUAUGCAUCAGCCAAAAUUGUGUUGAGACUUUUAUGGACGAACUAAACAUAAAAAAUGCCUUCUUUGGGCAUACAAAAGUUACAGUCAAGGCUUCAAUCAAAUAAAAAAUUAGAAACAUUAAAUUCCCAACAAACUUGCUCAUUUUGGGAGAAUUGCUUCAGUAAGUAUUUUCAAAACGGAACAGAAAAAAAAUGUUAUUUAACCCUCUACUGCCCAAAUUUUUUUUUCGAAAAUAUUUAUUUUUCCCGUGUUCAGGAGGUAAUUUUGAGCAACUUUUGUUCUACGAAAAACUUUACUUCUCUUGUUUUAUGUUUUUCUUGUUUUAUUUUUUGUAUUUUAAUUUGCAUUUAUCUUGUUUAGUUUAUGUUUGUUUUUGGUAGUAUUUGGCCUAUUCUACCAUCUAAUAUAAUUACAUUUUGCCUAUCUAAUUUUUUCACGUUUUUACAGUCAUUUUUUCAAUUUUUUGCAUGUUUUUCACAUUUUCUGCUAUAGAAUGGCACCAUCAUCAUUUAAAUUGCGAAAAAAUGCGUAGAGGCAUAGUCUGGGACACUACAAAAAUUACUGCAUACUUCUUUUUACUGAAAGUAUAGGAAAUGUUAGUAAAAAACACAGCCAAAGUUGACCCCUAAAAAAAUUACAUUUUUAAAAACACUGGCUAAGUCACAUAAAACAAGUUAAACUCCCAACCCUGAAAUUUUCUAAAAUUUUAAGAGUUCUUCUUUCCAAUGCUUUUUAAAGAUCAAAAAUCGGUUGGAAAAUGGAUUUUUGGCGAUAUUUUAGAUUGAAGCCCGUCUAGAGGCGGGGUUAGGUUGUAGAGGGUUAAUUCGUUAUGUAAAUUUGAUUUUUUCAUUUCCAAAAAAAAAUCAAAUACCUGAAAAAGACCGCAUAACUGGUCGAAACGUUGAUUAUCGCCCAGGUUGACAUUGCGAUUAUGUACGUUUUACCCCAUAACUAACAAAUAACUUGUCAAAUUGAAAGUUUUUAAAGAGUCAAAAAGAUCCAAGGUAUGGCAACCCUGCCAUGAUAUAUCUGCACAUUAGUGGAAUCUCCAAACAUAUCCAGGUUUAGAUGUUCUUGUUUUGAAAGUUGGUUUGUUUAUUUAUUUAUUUUUCUAAUUAAAAUGACUCCUCUGAUGAGACAGUUAGUUUCAAGAUCUGGCAUCCCUGUCAUGAGUUACUGAGACUUGUGAUGAUUUGACGGGACUUUUCAAGACUGGAAGUUGUCAUUUUUGAUGAAAAUGGCAUCCAUAUUAGUCUUAUUAUGCAUUGAGAGAUGGGUAUUUGAUGGGUAAUCUGGCUCCAACUUUAUUCGCUGAAAGCUACAUUUGUUUUCAAAGCUUCUUUACAACUUGGUUUUCUUAAUAAGCACUAAAAAUCCUUCCGAUGUUCAGCCUAUUGGUAUUUCCUAACCCUUUUCGUUCCUAUCCCGUUUUUUUUUGCAAAAGACCCUUCCCUCGCCAUGAGAUGAAUGAGAGUGUACUGAGAUAUCGUUAAACGCAAAAGAGUUUCAACAAGAAAAUAAAAAUAAAAACGCGGAUCAUCAAAAAAGUCUGAAAAUUUUCUUUAGCAUUGUGUACUUUGAAUUGAAGCGUCGCACCGCCGACCGUUCUGUUUGUUUAUGUGGUAGAACCGUAGUGUUUUCAACGCGCAACUAAUGGAACUUAGACAAAAUUACACAAACACAUACACAACAAAUCGUUAGUCUGUAGGCAAAGAAUAAAAACUAAGCACAAAGUAAGCGUUACUUAGCCCUACUUUUUUUUCUUCCUAUUUUGAUGUGCAAUUCGUGAAGCUUCAAAACCCUCUUUUAGGGUCGAUCGAUCAAAUAUCUGUCACAAAAGCCAAGAGUGUGGUACAGCGGUGUACUUACAGACGAACCUGCGUCUUCCAGCGUAGAUUUGAAUCUUCAACCUAUUUUGUUUUGAUCUCAUGCUGAAACAUAUCUAACAAAUAAAUUUUGUUUGCUUCCUAUUUUUUUCUGCGUCCGCGUAGCAAUAUUUUCACAAGAGACUUUUUCUUUCAAUAGUUAUUUCUUUCAAUGGUAAAAUUUGAACAAGAUGAAUAACAAGCUGGUAACGAAAACAAACAGCCUCUCCCAAAGGGGAUUCGAUCCUUCGCAGGGAGAGGGGUCAUCAUCAUUCCAAAAUUAACUAGGUAGAGAAGAACGUUUGAGAAUCUGGUGUGAGUUUUAGAUCUUUAAUAAACGAAGAAAAGAAAAAAAUAAAUAAAGUUAUCCUGACGGCCUUUCGAUCCUAAGUAGUGUUAGCGGGCUUGAAUCGCGCAAGUCAUGUUUUGAAUCAUCCUGUUGCUUGAGAAUCUGAUUAAAAAAAAGUUAAUUUCGUACUUAUACUUAUUAAGAGAUGAAGAGUGUAUAUGAAUGAUGGUCUUUCGAGCAAUUCUCUUAAGAAUGUUAAUUUUUUUUGUAUUUUUUUUUUAUUUUGUUGAAAAAUGUUGGGUUUCUGUGAACUAAAAGCCUUUUUUCUUUAUGAAUUUUUCCAUAGAAUCAACUAUAUAAAUUUGAGAGAAGCCAUACAAAAAUGCUAUGAAAUUUAUCAAUCAAUUGGUACCGAUUUGGUGACUUUGACAAAUUUCAGCCCAUUGAUGUAUUCGUUAAGGUUACAUAUAUAUAUUUCUUUUAAUUUAACAUUUUAUUGCACAAAAUUGAUCAUAAACAUUUUUUCUUGUAAAUUGAACAGAGUUUUUGAAUAUUUUGGUCAGAAUGCACAUAGCAGUGUUGCCGAUUUCUAGAAUAAAUUUUCAAAUGGUCCUAUCUACAUAGGAAACCCAUGACGGAUAGGUUGUUUUGAAAAUAUUAUCUAGAUUUCAGAAAAUAAUUAUUUUCAUCAAGAAAAACUUCAGUGAUUUAAAACAAUCAAUAUUUGAUGUAAUAUUCAUUUCUUUCGAAACAAAUGUAACUUUUUAUUUGAAGAAGUCAUGAUAAUGCUUGACCAUUUGGGAAAGUAUUAAAAGAUCUUUAAAAAAAAAACAAACAUUUUAAAUGAGGUUUUCAAAAGUCACCUUAUUAACGGUCAAUAGUCAGUUGAAGAUAACUAAUAACUUUGAUAUUUAAUAUUUUAAACAAGACGUUGCUUUGAAACAGAUUUACUGAUCUGUCCAAAGAUCGGCUAAGAAACUAGUGGAAAGUAUAAUCUGCAUUUAUUUUAAAAAUAUGUGGUUUUAGUGGAAGAUUUAAAGAUUAGGGCUUAUUGGAUUUCUUUUGAAAGAAGGUUCAUUUUAUAAGGUUAAUAAAAAUGUGUAAUCCUCGAUAAUAUGAACUUUUUCCAACAAAAUACUUUGUGUGUUUCAAAAUAUGGAAUAUUUUGUAAUUUUUUCAAAAGUUUUUUACACAACGAUCUCUAAUGUGGUCAAGAUCUCUACAAAUGUUGGGACUACUUUGUAUUAAAAAAUAUGUUAUUUCGUGAUUUUUUUUUAUAGAAUACCGUAUUUCUAAAUACUAAAUCUGGCUAUCAAUCAAAUAAAAAAUUUGUAAUUUGACGCGAUAAUUUUGAUGUUUAGUAAUGUUGAAGAUUUUUUCACUUUCACAUAGUUUCUUAGCCGGCUUACGUAUAGAUCAGAAAAUUGCACUUAAAUUUGGGGAAAUUUAGUUAAAAAGUUUUGAGUAUUUUAUUUAAGAAAUUUACAAAAUUGUGUCUUGUUUAUUACCAAUAUACCAUACCAACAUUUGAGUACUAUCAAUAGAAAAUUUGUGUGUUUCAAAAUUUGGAAUGUUUUGUAAUUUUUUCAAAAGUUUUUUACACAACAAUCUCUAAUGUGGUAAAAAUCUCUACAAAUGUUGGGACUACUUUGCUUUAAAAAAUAUGUUUUUUUCUGUGAUUUUUUUUUAUUAAAUACUGUAUUUCUAAAUACUGAAUCUGGCUAUCAAUUUAGUAAAAAAAUUGUAAUUUGACGUGAUAAUUUUUAUGUUUAGUAAUGUUGAAGAUUUUACUUUCAAAUAAUUUCUUAGCCGGCUUACGGAUAGAUCAACAAAUUGCACUUAAAUUUGGGGAAAAUCAGGUUAACAAGUUUUGAGUAUUUUAUUUAACUCUUAUGAAGAAAAAUCUACAAAAUUGUGUCUUGUUUGAUACCAAUAUACCAUACCAAAAUUUGAGUACUAACAAUAGAAAAUUUGUGUGUUUCAAAAUAAGGAAUAUUUUGUAAUUUUUCCAAUUUUUUUUACACAACAAUCUCUAAUGUGGUAAAGAUCUCUACAAAUGUUGGGACUACUUUGCUUUAAAAAAUAUGUUAUUUCGUGAUAUUUUUAAUAUUUUGCCAUUCUUACGAAAAUCUUCACGAAAUUUUACGUGGUUUAAUAUCUCACUCACAAAAUUUAAAAAAAUUGUGUAUUUUUUUUAAAGUAUCGAAUUUUGAGUAAUUCACAUUAAAAACUCUAAAGUAGUGAAAAUUUCACUGGACUUUUAGAUUUUUUCAAUGUCUUGCUUUUCACUGAAAAACUCUAAUAUAGUAAAAUAUGUCUAUUUGAAAAAGAAAGGAUAUUUUGUAAUUUUUUAAAAGGUUUCUUACACUGCAAUCUUUAAUGUGGUCAAAAUCUCUACAAAUUUGAGUUACGUUUUUUACCCAUAUUGAAAACUAAGAAAAAAAUUAGGUAAUUAAAAAUAAAUGUUUUUUUUUUUGUCAAAAUGUGAGUUUUUUGCACUAGAACCUAUAAUUUCGUGAAAGUCCUAACAAAAUAUAACGUCUUUUUUUACUACAGAUUUUUUAGUUAUUUACACUAAAAACUUUUGUGUAGUCCAAAUUUACAGAAUUAAAAAAAAUAAACGUAAUUUUUAUUAAACAUUAACAUAUUCUGAAUUUUUUUUAAGGUGACGAUUCAAAAUAUUUUUUUUGGUGAUUUAUACAUGUACUCCUUUUAUCUUAUACCUAAAAAAAUUUAUCUACAUUUGAAAAAAUGUGCUCAAAUGUGUAAAAUAUGUUUAAUUUUAGGUAUUUGUUUGAUUUGUGAAUAUUUUUCUGAGCAAUUUUUAUCAAAACACAUAAAUUUGCCAAAGACACCAAAUGUUAUAGAUUUUUGGAAAUAUCACUUUAAAAAUAUGUUGAAAGCUUUAAAGUAUGGAUAAAAAAAAUUCGUAAAUUGGCUAUUUUGGUCUACCAGAAAGUGUCACAGCAACAAAAGUAAAAAAGGCAAAUUAAAAAUUUGCAGGUGUAGAUUAAUUCCUGUUCAUGUAAUUUUACCUAAAUGAAUGUGUAAAUCCGUGAAGUCACACAGAAAGUGAAGCAAAUUUCACCAGAUUUUGAUAUAAAAUAACUUACUUUUUGACAUUACAUCUUGCAAGAUGAACAUCGUGACAGAAAAUUGUGUAAUUUUACAUUUCAUUAAUUUACUUCAAAUUACACAGAAAAAGUUGUAAAUUUACACCAUCGAAUUUUCAAAUCGCCCAAUGUUUUACAUUUCUUUUCUGUGUUCGCUCAAUUUUUUCUGCAAAAUAAACGAAAAUACAAACCGUAAUUACUGUUCAACAUUUUCGAGAAUUGCUCUUUGCUCCCGCUUUGGAACUAGACCACACAACAGUUGAAGCGUACUGAACUGGUGUUGCAACCGAGAAAAAAGUUAAAUAGUCAGAAAUGUGUACAAACGUAACGUUGAAGCAUAGUUAGUAACAAAUAGAACAACUAAAAGUUAGUUAUGUAAUAGUAGUAGUAAUAAUAAUGAAAACCGUUUGCCUUCUUUGGGCAAACCCGAUAAUGAUGGUAUUAUUAUAUACAGAAUCCUAAAAAAUAAAAACAAACAAAACACGCGAUAUGAACAUUAUUGACAAGAGUAAGACAAAAAAAAGUAAGGGGAAAAUAUAUAUUAGAAAUAAUUGAAAAUAACGCGCAGCAAAUGUCAAUUUCCUGUUUUUAGAACGAAGAGCGAGUGCGAGAAAUAUUUCAAUGGAUUUUUUUUCACUCAAUUGGUAGAGCAAGUGAGCUAAAAGCAGUUGCGACUCGCAACCCUCUUUUUCUGUGUAAAUAUUUCCUAUCUCGAGUGCGAAUUGAUAACAACUGCGUUUGCUGAAUAACACACACACACAUCUACACUUAUAUUUAUAGUUUUCUAGGAGAAAAGUAGAAAAGAAAAACAAAUAGAUAGAUAUUUAUAUUUUUGCUUAUUUUAUUUUAUUUUUUGCAUAGUAAUCUCUCUGGAUGCACUACAUCUACUAUUUAGGCAUCGCACUAAUUAUGUUUUUAAACGUUUUUAUUUUUGCAAAAGUGUAAGAGUGAGCAGUGAGAAGAGGAACUUGCGCAAGCAAUAUUGGAGGAAAUCUACUGUUGAUUAAUCUUACACAAAAAACAAUCUGUAAAACAUGACAAACAAAAAAAGUCAAAAAUAAAAAGGGUAAACUAAAA